UAUCUUCUAAGAUUUGAUAUUCUUACUGAGAAAGCGUGAACAUGUGCGAAAUAACAAUGUCUCCAGAGGAGGAAGAAUCUCAACCCAAAUGUAAACUUGGGGUACGCCACAUACAAUUUGUUCUAUUAUUUUUGACACUAAUAAUGAACUAUGGACAACGCACAUCUAUUUCCGUUGCCAUAAUAGCCAUGACGGAAAAAACACCCCCUGGUCCAGAUAUACCCACGUACCCACAGUGGAAAGAUACCGAUACCAUCCUAUCUUCAUUUUUCUGGGGCUACAUUGUCACCCAAGUAGGUGCCGGUCAACUAGGGGAACGCUUCGGCCCCAAGUGGUUUCUUGUCGGUACCAUGGUACUAGGCUCUAUUGUUAUGUGCCUGACAACAGUAAUGGCUCAAGGAUGGGGCUCUGCGGGAGUUAUAACCUGCCAGAUCAUUCAAGGUCUGAACCAAGGCUUUCUCUGCCCAUGCGUUCACAUUUUAGUAAGCCAGUGGGCACCACUUAACGAGAGAACAAGGUUUUCUACCAUCGUGUACUCAGGACAAAGUUUGGGUAUUGUCAUUUCUAUGCUCUCGACAGGUGCUAUAUCCGGCUCAAAACUUGGGUGGCCUUACGUGUUUUACUUCUAUGGAGCUGGAGGGAUCGUAUGGGCUAUUAUUUUUGGAAUGUUUGCCGCCAAUUCGCCUGCUGACCACAAAAGUAUUUCAGCUGAAGAAAGACGAUACAUCGAAAGUACGAAUUCAGUGAUCCAAACUAAAACAAAGAUACCAACACCAUGGUUGUCUAUAGCCACUUCGCUUCCCUUCUGGGCAGCUUUAGCAGCCAGUUGUGCCGAAAAUUGGGGUUCGUAUACCCUCAUCACUGAAAUACCCAGCUUUAUGGACAGUGUCAUGAACUAUGACAUUAACUCGAAUAGUCAAUUGUCUGCGCUACCCUACAUGGUCACCUUUUUCGUGAAUUUCGUUUCGUCACCCAUUUCCGAUAAAUUAAUUUCUAGCAAAACUCUGUCCAUUGGUACCACCAGGAAAAUUUUUAACUCAUUGGGGACUUUAGUUCCGGGUUGUGCACUUUUUGCUCUUGGGUUUAUAGAUAGUACGCAGAAAGGAGUAGCAGUGGGGCUGUUGGUGGUGUCUGUGGCGAUGUCUGCCUGUGCGGAUGCGGGAGGUUUCGUCAACACCAUAGAUUUAGCACCAAAUCAUGUUGGUACCCUCUUGGGGAUAACCAAUGGUACUGGCCAGAUUUUUUCUAUCUUGGCACCACUGACUGUAGGGUUUCUUGGAAGUGAUAAGACUGACCUUAUGCUAUGGAGAAAAGUGUUCUGGAUAGCUGCCGGUAUUUAUGUUUUUUGUGGAUUAUUCUUCAAUACUUUUGCUUCAGGGGAAGUACAGAAGUGGAACGACGUGAAAAGUACUGACAAAUGUGAGACUGAAAUUGAAGAAAAAAGUAACGAAAAUUUGAAAUUUCUUGGCGAAUAAACGUAGAUUCAUAUUGUAAAAA